CAUUUUGAUUAGUAACAUGGCGUCAGCAGAGAUUAAUAUGGCGUCCUCGGACAUAAUAACCGAAGUGGAGAUUCAACCAGAUAUCCAAGAGGUUGAAAUAGAAACGAUACCAGUAGAAAUACCCUGUGAGACUGUGGAAACUACUAUCGAAGGGGAAGAUGGGCAGCCGAUGAUAGCCCUUCAAACACUUCCAGAGCCAGGACGUGAAGAAAUCAUACUACAGACGCAAGAGGAAAUCGUCGGUAGUGAUCCACUAAGCGUAUACGAUCAGAUUCCGGUCCCAGAGAACGAUAUUUAUGUCGAGUCAAGUCCUGGUCCAUCGAGAAAGGGUCCUAAGAAGGCCAGAAAAGGUGGUUCAUCGAAAUUCAGAUCGUCAGAUCAUACGAUUUUUGGGGAAAUGGGCUCGGAAACGAAGGCUAGAAAGUGGGAGCAGAAGCAAGUGCAAAUCAAGACGCUCGAAGGUGAAUUCUCGGUGACGAUGUGGGCAUCGGGUACAGACGAUGGGAGUGUCCUAUUAGCUCCUCACCUGGUGGAUGUUCCAGAUGAAGGCUCAAAUCCAGAGCCUGAUCCAGACUACACAGAAUACAUGACUGGUAAAUCCAAUGCCAAAUUCAAUCACUCUGGAAGCUCCAUUUCUGAUGGAAUGCCAGGUCUUGACCUUUCGGACCCAAAACAGCUGGCAGAAUUUGCUAGGCCUGGUCACAAAUUGAAAGUACGCAAACCACCUGUUUUAGACGGUGUUGAACGCACUAUAGCCUGUCCACACAAAGGAUGCACAAAAAUGUUCAGAGAUAAUAGUGCAAUGCGUAAACAUUUACACACCCAUGGACCAAGAGUACAUGUAUGUGCAGAAUGUGGAAAAGCUUUUGUUGAAAGUUCGAAAUUGAAGAGGCAUCAGUUGGUUCAUACAGGAGAAAAACCUUUCCAGUGUACAUUUGAAGGAUGUGGUAAAAGGUUUAGUCUGGACUUCAAUCUUCGUACUCAUGUUAGAAUUCAUACAGGAGAUAGACCUUAUGUUUGCCCAUUUGAUGGAUGCAGCAAAAAAUUUGCACAAUCAACAAAUUUAAAAUCACAUAUAUUAACACAUGCAAAGGCUAAGUCACGUAAUGCUAUUGGGAGACAAGUACAACAAAUACAACUUCAACAACCUCAAUUUGUUCAAGUUGAAGUUGCAGAUGUGGAUAACCAACAGUUCAUUGUUUAUGCUGAUUAGCCCCCCUAAACAAUGAUCUCAUAUCCUAUAAACCUAUUAUGGAAUAUCGUAAUCAUUAAUUAGUAUCCUAAACAGUGUAAAUAUUUUCAUGAUACAAGUAAUGCGGGCAGGACAUUACUAAAGCUGUUAGUUAUCUUAAGAGAAGAAAUUAAUUAAUCAAUUUAUACCUCUGUGCUUAGACGCAAAGUAAAUGGAUAUCACAAGCACUAUAACUACCACAAAAAUAAAGUAAAACUACACUAAAGAAGGUAGUGCAUCUUCUGAGACAUAUAAAGUAGAAUAUUGCGCACUGCUCAAUCUCAUGUCUGAGUCACACUAAAUGAUACCUAGUGCGCUCUCAUAUUACAACUGUAUAUAUUUAUACGUAAAGUAAAAUAUUGUAUACAGUAUAUUUUGGAGAAAUUCUGAUGAGAAUAAACUACAAGAUACGUCUUUUCCG